AUGGACGUGCGGACUAAGCGGUGCGCCGGGAUUAUCGCUCAGCUCGCGCUGCUCCUGUCCUGCGGCCGCGGGACGACCGGACAAGAGGCGUGCGACGGCGCUCUGGUGUCCAGCCUGCCGCCGUCGUCCUUCAGGAGCUCCUCCGAGCUGUCCAGCAGCCACGCGCCGGGCUUCGCCAAACUCAACCGGAGAGACGGAGCUGGAGGUUGGUCUCCUCUCGUCUCAGACAGAUAUCAGUGGCUGGAGGUCGAUCUGGGCGAGCGAACAAAGAUCACGGCCGUGGCCACGCAGGGCCGCUACGGCAGCUCCGAUUGGCUGUCGUCCUACCUGCUGAUGUUCAGCGACUCGGGACACAACUGGAGGCAGUACAGACAGGAGGACAGCAUCGGGUUCUUCCCAGGUAACAGCAACGCCGACAGCGUGGUUCAGUACAAGCUGCAGCAGCCGGCCGUCGCUCGCUUCCUCCGCCUCCUCCCUCUGGACUGGAACCCCAGCGGACGCAUCGGCCUGCGGCUGGAGACCUACGGAUGUCCUUACACCUCUGAUGUGGUGAGCCUGCGCCGCGGCGGCGGCGGCCUGGUGUACAGGCUGAGUCCGGGAACCAGGCGAACAUCCAAAGAGGUCGUCUCUCUGAAGUUUAAAACCCAGAGGAAUUCUGGGACGCUGCUGCAGGCGGAGGGGCAUGAGGGAUCGAGCCUUCAUCUGGAGCUGCAGAGAGGAAAACUGCUGCUGCUGCUCAGAGAAGGCAGGACUCCGUCCUCUGGACCGCCGCGGCGUCUCGCCUCCCUCGGCAGCCUGCUGGACGACCAGCACUGGCAUCACGUGGUGCUGGAGCGGAGGAGCACUCACCUCAACCUGACUGUGGACAAACACACGGAGAGAGUCCAGCUCCCCGCAGAGUUCAGCCAGUGGGAUGUGGAGCAGCUGUUUGUAGGCGAAGCCCACAGAUCUCACUUCCAGAACAGCUUCCACGGCUGCAUAGAGAACCUGCUGUACAACGGCCAAAACCUGAUCGAGCUGGCGAAACACAAUGACCACAGAGUUACUGUGAAAGGCAAUGUGACCUUUUCUUGUGGCGAGUCGGUUUCCGUCGCCGUGACGUUCCCCGGGCCCCAGAGCUUCCUGCAGAUGCCGUGGGCGACGCCCACCACUGCCUCCUCCUCCUCAUCAUCAUCAUUGUCAUCAUCAUCGGGGGGCGUGUCCCUCGGCCUCCAGUUCAGGACGUGGAACAAGGCGGGGCUUCUGGCCACCUUCAGUCUGCAGCAGGGGGGCGUGGCCUGGCUGCACCUGAGUGAUUCCAGACUCCAGCUGCUGAUCCACCAAGGCGACAAAGAGCUGCUGGAGCUCAGUGCAGGCUCUGAUCUGAGCGACGGUCAGUGGCACUCGGUGGAUCUGACUUCCAAACGCGGCCACAUCACCAUCUCCGUGGAUGAAGAGGAAGGAGGCGUCGCUCACGCGACUCCCUCUUUUCCCAUCAGCACCGGAGAAGGACAGGUUUUCUUUGGAGGUUGCCCGGCGGAUGCAGACGGUCCUGAGUGCAGAAAUCUCUUCGACGGUUUCCAGGGCUGCAUGCGCCUCCUCACGUUGGACGACCGGCCAGUCGAUCUGAUCGCGGUGCAGCAGAGACUGCUGGGAAAUUACAGCCAACUUCAGAUUGACAUGUGCGGCAUCAUGGACAGGUGUUCUCCCAGCCGCUGCGAACACGGCGGCCGCUGCAGCCAGUCCUGGACCGUCUUCCACUGCAACUGCUCCGACAGCGGCUACGACGGCGCCACCUGCCACAGCUCUGUGUACGAGCAGUCCUGCGAGGCGUACAAACACAACGGCAACACGUCGGGACAUUUCUACAUCGACGUGGACGGCAGCGGACCAAUCGGGCCGCAGCUGGUCUACUGCAACAUGACAGGGAACGACACGUGGAUGGUGAUCCAGCACAACAACACGGAGCUGACAAGAGUCAGGGCGCCUCCGGGCUCCAGCCAGCACUCGGUUCACUUCCAGUAUCCGUCUGAGGAGGAGCAGCUUCAGGCCGCCAUCAGCCAAUCAGAGCACUGCGAGCAGGAGCUGUCCUACCACUGCAGGAAGUCCCGCCUCCUCAACACUCUGGAGGGCUCCCCGUUCAGCUGGUGGCUCGGCGGUCCGGGUCCCGGUCGUGUCCAGACCUACUGGGGUGGAGCUCAGCCCGGCAGUCAGCAGUGCGCCUGCGGCCUGCAGGGCGACUGCGUGGAUCCAGAACAUUACUGCAACUGUGACGCCGACCGCAUGGAGUGGACUGAGGAUUCGGGCCUCCUGACCCACAAGCCGAGCCUCCCGGUCCGGUCCCUGGUGCUGGGUGACGUCCAGAGGCCGGGGUCCGAGGCGGCCUACCGGGUGGGGCCUCUGCUCUGCCGUGGAGACAGGAACUUCUGGAACGCCGCAUUUUUCGACAAAGAGACGUCGUACCUGCACUUUCCCACCUUCCACGGAGAGCUGAGCGCAGACAUCUCCUUCCUGUUUAAAACCACCGCCUCCUUUGGCGUGUUCCUGGAAAACUUGGGCAUCAAAGACUUCAUCCGCAUUGAACUGAGCUCCUCCACUCAGGUCAUCUUCUCCUUCGACGUCGGGAACGGCCCGCUGGAGGUGCGUGUGGAGUCCAGCGUCCCGCUGAACGACAACCGGUGGCACCGGGUCCGGGCCGAGCGGAACGUGAAGGAGGCGACGCUGCGUCUGGACGACCUGCCCGUGGCCACGCAGGAGGCUCCGGCCGACGGACACUUCCACCUGCAGCUCAACAGCCAGCUCUUCAUCGGUGGAACGGCGUCCAGGCAGAAGGGCUUCCGGGGCUGCAUCCGCUCUCUGCAGCUGAACGGCGUCACUCUGGACCUGGAGGAGAGGGCGAAGAUCACGCCCGGGGUGAGACCCGGCUGUCCGGGUCACUGCAGCAGCUACGGGUCGCUGUGUCAGAACCAGGGCCGGUGCACGGAGAGGGAGAACGGCUUCCACUGCGACUGCAGCCUGUCGGCGUUCUCCGGCGUCUUCUGUCAAACAGAGGUGUCGGCCAGCUUCAAGUCGGGGACGUCGGUCCGCUACACCUUCAAAGAGGUGUACGAGGUGAGCAGGAACAGCAGCGCUCUGCCGUCCUCCAUCUACUCCGACGCGACGCUGAGAGGAGAGAACGUCUCCCUGAGCUUCAGGACCAGCCAGAGUCCGGCGCUGCUGCUCUACGUCAGCUCCUACUACAGAGAGUACCUGGCUCUGCUCAUCAACAAGCACGAUGAGCUGGAGGUGAGGUACAAGCUGGACAGCAGCAGAGAGGCCGACGUGUUGCGCAGCAGCGUGAAGAGCGUGGCGAACGGGCAGCUGCACACCGUCAGCGUCAGCAGGCUGACCGACUCCGUGUCUCUGCAGGUUGACCUCAGUGCAAGAGAAGAGUUCAAUCUGACAUCGGACGGAGAAUUUAAUGCCAUCAAGUCGCUGGUUUUGGGGAAAGUGCAAGAUUCUGACGACAUGGACCCAGACCUGGCCCGCCUGGGCUCCCAGGGCUUCGCCGGCUGCCUGUCUGUGGUUCACUUUAACACCAUCAGCCCCCUGAAAGCCGCUCUGCUCCACCCGGACAGCAGCCCCGUCUCCAUCAGCGGACCUUUAGUCCAGUCCAGCUGUGGCUCUGCAGCCUCAGCGAAUCCCUACGCAGCGGAGAACACACACCACCUGUCAGACCAGUCCGGUUCAGCAGGCUCAGGUCAGCCUUUAAUCAAUGCCAUCAGGAGCGAGUCGGCUCUUAUUGGAGGCGUCAUAGCUGUGGUCAUCUUCGUGAUGGUGACGGGCAUGGCGGUAGCCGCCAGGUUCCUCUACCGGCGAAAAGAGACGUAUCGAAACCAGGAGGUGAAGGGCGUCAAGCGGGAAGACAGCCAGGACUUCCCUUUCAACAGCCGGGCGGACUCCCAAAACGUCUCCGGCGAAAACCCGAAGGAGUUCUUCAUGUGACCGGGGAGCCGACGGACCGGCCGG